ACCGAGGAACACGGUCUCGCGGAGGGCGAAGCGUUCACCAGCCAGUUACUCCGGAACCGUUGCCUUGACGACACGCAGCCGCGCAUGCGGGCAUGAGACGCUACCAGGAUCGCGGUCACGAGCACCAGUUGCGUUCGCCACCCUCGCUCCGCUAUUGACAAACCACUGCCCCUAGUGCUUCGCCACCAUUGCCUCGCUGGUACCAUCCUCGUUCCUACAAGAGCGACGACGUCCAUUCUGUAAUCACUGUCAUCGUUACUCCACCGUUUCUUACUUAUUAAAAAAAGUCCACCGCGAUUGUUUCUCGCAGUGCGCUUACAUAUUUCAUUUCGAUUUACCGCCACGCUCUCGAUCGUAUAGUAUUUGCAUAAAAGGGUAGAUCGUAUGAAACAAUUUGUACGACCGUAACAUGCUAUUAUCGUAAUGUGUUUGAAAUGAGACUACCCUCCGGUUUCCAGUGAUCGACUUUAACAUUAUCUCGGACUCCACCUUCACCACUUCCACUGCCACCACCUCCGGCUUCAUCUCCACCUCCGAUUCCACCUCUUGCUGCUCGCUUUCCCUCUCCCACGUAAACGCUACGCGUUCUCCACCUCUUCCUCUUCCUUCUUCGGCGGGUUCGCGUAUCGUUGCCACGAGCGUCCGGUUGUCAUGCGUCGACGGUGUACGCGAUAACGCGCGACGGUAUCGAAACGUAUAGCCUCCUCGCGAUCAACUCAUCUUCUGCAACGAUUAGUUAGUGGUACCACGACGAAACGCCUUGAACGAAAAUUUGUGAAACCGAGUGCGACAAUAUUAUGCAUGUACUCGUAUCCGUCAAGUGUUGUCCGCCGAAGAUUCAUUGAUACCUUCAACGGAGUGCCAUGUUAACGGAAUGAUGUAAGACAAACGGAUUUCGAAGAGGGACCGGAAGAUUUUUAAUUAAAGCAAAUAGGAGAGAAGAAGAGGCGCAGACGUUGGUGCGUUCAUCGAUGAAUCUUGAAGAAGGCGACGUCAGCGAAGGUUACCGGAAGCGUUGAAGGGUACCGAUUACGUUCGAUGUUUCGGCAUCGUCGCGAAACCUGCCGCUGUACCUUAGCGUUCGAAAGAACAGCGGCAGGUCGACGUCAUCUUCGUUCGAGGCUUUUUCGGAUAUGACGCAAAAUCACGACAACGUCUGUUCAUUCACUUCGAGAGAGUCGAACUAGAUCCAACGGAUGUUCAAACAGAUAAGAAGGAAACGUUGCCGAAAGUAUGGAAUUUUUCAGUGCCACGAGACAGUGUCGCUCGCAGCUUCUGACGAAUCAAAUCAAAUUCUCUUGUUAAAACGAGAUAAAACAAUGCCGCGGAGGCGUUAAAUCUCUUUAUAGACGUUGUCAAGACUGAACAUGUAGUGCAGUUGAACGAUAGUCUAACGCUAGUCGGUGGAACACAGUAGGAUUAACAGUGAUCGAGGAACUAGCGAUGGAGCAUGGUCAACCAAAAAGAAAGUGUCAGGGUACCAGAUCUCAAAAUCUUUAAAGCGUCGUCGAACGACGACGGCGUUCGUAUAGCGAGACGAGAAGCAAGGUUCGUUAUUGGACUGGCGGGUCAGUCAGGAUUUGGGACUGAUGCGAUUUUAAUAACGAACCGAGAAGAUUACGGUCGUCGUCGUAGGAAAAUCAAAGAAUAUUAAACAUUAAGGAUAGAAGCUGCAAAUGAGUAAAUGCUGAGCAGAGAGAAGAGGUUUGUUGUUCUGCGUCGGAUCGUCAAGAUUAGGGACUGAUACGAUUUUCACGAACCAAGAAGUAGGAAAUCAAAGAAUACUAAGUAUUAAGAAUAGGAGCUGCAAUGAAGUAAAUGCUGAGCAGAGAGGAAUAAGAUUUGUUCAAGGUGUGUUAUUGAAUGCUGGGUCAGUCGACUGACACAGUUUCAAUAGCAAACCGAGAAGACUAUCAUUGUCGUCGUCUUAGGAAAAUUAAAGAAACUUAGCAAUUAAAAAGAGGAGUCGUUGCUUUCUUUGUUAUCACAUAAGAAACGAAGAGAGAAGAGCAGCAAGAUUUGUUACUGGUCGUUGGUAUUGAUAAAUCAAGCAGAGUUUAGGAUUGACGACCUUAACAGCACUGUUACCUGCCUGUUCUGUUAAUCUGUUGUCUCAAAAAUAAAUGCUUCGCAAAGAGAAUAGAAGCAAGGCUUGUUAUCGGAUUACCGAAUAAUUCUAGAUUUCCGAGUAACGAUUUGAACAGCCGAGCGUUGCCUUUCUCUGAGAAAUAAAUGCUUGGAAGAGAGAAUCAGGGAUAGAUUGUUGAAUGGUUCCGCGAGGGCCAACCCUGAGGAGGCCAGAGAUAGAGGUAGAGGUGCCGGAGGAUCAGGAACGUUUCUACGAUUCUCCGCCGCCACGGAUGGACGUGAGCGUGUGCUGUUUGCCCGCCAGUGCCGGCUCGGGGGCCCAGCACCCUCAUCCAGCGAGUUUGCCCUCCGGCGGCCAGCCGACGAUCCAGCCACCCUAUCAGUAUGCUGAUCAGAUAGUGCCGGAUCGGGGUCAGCCCGACGGAUUGCCGGUACUCGGCUGUACCGGUCAGGACAACUGGCAGCAGAUAUCCUCCGCGACGAACGUCGUCGGUGCCAUCACCGCUGCCGCCGCAACCACCACCACCGCCACCACCUACAUCGACUAUUCCUGGUUGCAGAUGCAGCAGACGUCGGACUUGGACACGUUACUCUGUCGACAGGACCUCGACCGAUUACAGAAGCUCGAUGAGGAUGACCCGGACAAGGAUUCGAGGGAGUCCUCGGUACAGAUGGAGGACUUCUUCGAGGUCGGUGGUCCCGUGUGCAGACCCCAAGCGAGUUUCGUAUCGUCUAGGAGUCAGCCUGCCGGGAACGACGACGACGUGUUCCUCAGGCCACCCCUUUGGGAGGACAUCACCUCCAGCAUACAAAAAUUGGACCCGGAGAACGCGGAUAUGCUCGGCUCGCAAUCUCACGUUAAAAUGGAAACCGACGAUGUUGCGUCCCCGGUUUUAUCCCCCGUGGAGAUUAAAACCGAGCCGCUGCCACCGCCUCCGACUUUGCACCUCCUCGAGGGACCGGCGUCGAAUUCGACUUACGCGAACGGUCCCUCGCCCGGUGCGCCCGUCGUUCAUCAUCGGGCGUUCAAGACGUUUAACAAUAAUAACAAUAACACCACGAAUAAUAAUAAUAAUAACAGUGGUGGCAACGUCAAUGGUAACAGUGGUUCCAACAACAAUAAUAACAAUAAUAGUGGUAGCGGUAAUGGUGGCAGUAACAACGGCAACAGUGAGUCAACGGCGAGUCAUCACGGAGGUGGGAAUCAGAUCGGCGGCACCGCGACGUCACCGCUUUACGGCUCGAUGACUAGGUUAAUGUAUAUUUCCCCGCUGACGCCGCCGAUUUCCGAUCCCGGUUCGCCGAUAGGCGCACCGCCGCGACGGACGCCGCCUCCACCCUAUCCCCAACCGUCCAUCAUGAAUCCCCCGCAUCGGAUUCAACCUCCCAUCAGCACCAAAUUCAACAGGCGAAACAAUCCCGAGCUCGAGAAGCGACGCGUCCACCACUGUGAUUUCAUAGGUUGUACAAAAGUCUAUACGAAGAGUUCGCACCUGAAGGCGCAUCAGCGGAUCCACACAGUUCCAGGCGAAAAACCGUACCAGUGUCAGUGGCCGGAGUGCGAGUGGCGGUUCGCCAGAAGCGACGAAUUAACUCGUCACUAUCGGAAGCACACAGGCGCGAAACCGUUCAAGUGCGCGGUGUGCGAGCGUUCGUUCGCCAGAAGCGACCACCUCGCCCUGCACAUGAAACGGCAUCUUCCGAAGCAGCACGCCAAGUGACCGAGCCGCGGCAACGUUUCGAGCCUCUCCUAGGAUGUCAAAAGGGAAUCCUGGAAACCUUAGUCAUCUUAACUCAAAUUGAAUUAAGAAUCGAUAAAGCGUUUCUCAUGCCUCGUAUCCUCUAUCCUUAUUCCUCUCAUAUCUCUGACGCCGUUGUGUAUUGAUACAUUUUCGGCAUGAAGAGAACUUGCAUCAGCCUUAACGAGAGUGCCUUUCGUAGGAUUUUCUCAUAAAUACGAUAUGAUCGGAUUGAUAGUCUAUUUAUAAAUUAUGGGUACGAAGACGUUAGAUUCGAUGUCUGAAACGCAGCUACGAGCACAGAGUGGCUGGUCCACUGCCUUAACGGUUACAUUCCGCCUUCAGUUCCGUGCCUUUUUACAUGAAAUAAAGUAUAAAAUAGUAUCGCGACGGCAAGUAACUUAUAAACGUAAUUUAUCUACAUUAAUUUUCUUCUAUAAAAGACGAAACGUUUCCCAUUUCCACCUGAAAUUAUGUAUAUUAUGCUAAUUGGUAAUAGUUGUUUUUUAUUCGGUACACUUGAGUGCUCAAUUACCACUUUUAUAAUUUGCUUCUAAUCGGAAAAUGUCGAAACGAUUAAAUUGCGUUGCGGGCGCGAGAAUCAAUUAUAGUGAUGCCUUAUGUACAAAUUCUAGGUACGUCCGUGUACGUAUGCAUACAUUUACAGUAUACAUACGUACACGUAAGCAUACACGCAUGUAUAUGUAUAUAAAUAUAUCUCGAAGCGCAAUUUUUUGGCACGCGGUCACCUAUCGCGUCUUUUGUUAUUUUUCCAAUUAAAAAUAAUGAAAGCAGACGCGGUGCAACCGUGGGAGAAAUCGGUUGGAUUAUCGUCCAGAAGUUGUCACGUCAUAUUAAACAAGUUUAUACACUUUUUUCUGUGUAUAACUGUAUACGUGUAAAAAAAUUGACAUAUCCAAUUACAUAUGUAGUUAGUGUAAUAUCUGUAUAAUAUACGAUUCCAAUGUCCGGCGGAUCUUUCGUCGGUUUAAAACGAUCUUAUUUACAUUUGCGAAAAGUACUAGUGCUCGUAAUAUAUAUCUAGAUAUGAUAGCUACGAUUUCAUUCACUUCGCUGUGAGUUAGAAACCGAAAAGAGGAAACUUUCACGAAGCAGUUUAAUUUCUCUCCUCGUUCCAAUCGAAAAUUAAACAUUAGCUACGGCACUCGUACUCUGUCAGCUUUAAUUUAUUGAAAUCAGUAUAAUAAUAGAAAUUAUACAAGAACUACUUAAGGAAUCUUAUGAGACGAGGGAUUAAUCUGCUUUCCUAUUGUUUGACUCGCAGUAUCCCAUUUCCGGCACCUAUUUUCGAUUACCGAUUCACCUGCUGGGCCCAGACACCGAGGAGAGAUUACUAAAGAAUGGCAGGGAUUUUGUGUCCUACGAAAGAGUCGACAAUUUUUGACGACCUUUAGAAUGUUUUGCUAUUGAAAUAAGAAAUAGAAAGCAAAACAAUCGCAGGUGCUGAACAGUUGCCGGAUAUAAGAAAGUUCUAUACAAUUUCCUUCUAAUUCCAUCGUAAAGAGCGAUCAUCGACUGUGUUUUCAGACCCAUUGGUACUCAUUCGCUGUCCCAUCGAUUACACGAGUACUGCCACUAUUUAGUAGUGUCUCCUCGGUGGCCGACAUUAACACAGAUAUACCUCAUUAAAUAAAACAAAAUACCGUUACUACGGAUUCGAUGAAAUUUCACGUAUUCUCCUACACGACUUCCUCGUAUUUUGUUAAUAAUGUAAAUCGCUGUAAUUUGUGUGUUGUGUAAUUUAAAUAUAUGACGAUAUUAUACGUAUUACGC